AUGGCGGUGGAGGAGGAUGAUUCCCAAAACCCAUCGACAGAGCUGGGUGCCAGUGGGUCGACUGCUCCGGGGAGCCACCACGAGCUCCACUUGCAGCAGCUGAUGAGGGAGCCUGCUGCUCGAGCUACUCUUGGGGAACCUCUGCUGGCCAAAGAACCACGUAGCAGCAGAAGCUUUGGAUUCCGAACAGCCUCACAAAGCCAACCGGAGCCUGUCAUGGAUCUUUUUGAACUGGACUUUUUCCGAGACUGGGAGCUUGAACAACCAUGCCAUUUGGAGUCAGAGCGCAGUGUCCUGAAAAGGAGAGAAUGGGAGAGGAGGACUCAGGAGGUGCAGCAGGAUGAAGAUUUGUUCUCGAGUGGAUUCAACCUGUUUGGGGAACCUUACAAAACUAAUAAAGGUGAUGCCUUGGCAAAUCGGGUCCAGAACACGCUUGGCUCCUAUGAAGAAAUGAAAGACCUGUUAACCAGCCAUUCAAAUCAGAGCCACUUAGUGGGCAUCCCCAAAGGCAGCAGCGCCAGCAGCAACAACAACACCAUGCAAACACCAACCACUUCAACAAGUGAGAGAGCCACAAUGGAGUCCCAGCUUUUCAAUGAAACCCUGAAUGGAAGCACAGGACAGGAGGGGGGAGGAGCGGAGGGAGGUGGAGAAAAAAGGAUUGCAAGUGCCUCCUUGGCAUCCUCAAAUUCCAUGCAACCUCCCGCAUCAACAACAACAACGGCUUCAAGUGUGCAGUCAGUGCCUCAUCAGAAUUCCAAAAAAUCUAGGAGCUCCAUGGACUGGGCAAAAGGAGGGCAUGCACAAAGCACACCGGGAACAGGCCUCCAUCUGGGGUUGGGGCAAGGCCAAGGUCAGGCUGUGGGAGCUGCACAUGGAAGGGGGAAAGUGUCCAUGUUUGAAGACCAGGAACUCCAAAGACAUGAUGAGCUUUUCAGCUCACUGAAAGAUGAAUUAGGUCUAAAAAAAGAUUUGAGCCCUUCUUCGUCAUCUUCAUCCUCUUCUUCCUCCACCUCUUCUGGGAGACGGCAUUCUUCACACCCCACUAAAACUAUUCCUUUGCCAGAGACUGGUGGAAAUUAUCGAUCUUCUACAAUGGAAGCUGGUCACUGCAAAUCAUCUUGCUCCCCAUUAGAAACUGAACCCAGCUCUCACCUCUCUAUGUCCUCCUCCCCGCUGGCUUCCACAUCACUUUUGUCAACACCUGUACCUGGUCUAACCACUCCCACAUCUACAUUCCCACUUGGCGGCCUAUCUGGGAAGUCGAUUGCAGUGCAGCAGAAACCAACAGCUUAUGUUCGCCCAAUGGAUGGUCAAGACCAGGCACCUAUCGACUCUCCUCAAUUAAAACCACUUCUUGUGGCCCCAGAGGGAUUCAACUGUGGCCAAACGUAUGGAGGAAACUCUGGGAAUAUGAAGAACAAACUGCCCAAACUGAGUCUGAGCCACACUGCAGAGGUCAGUCUUCCAAAUGACUCCAGCUGUGUGGAAGAGAUUUUACGGGAAAUGACUCACUCCUGGCCACCCCCUCUUACAGCCAUUCACACUCCCGGAAAAGCAGAUCAAACCAAGUUUCCCAUCCCAAGCAAGGAGUCGCAGCAUGUGACCUCAAGCUACAACACCCAGAAGAGAUGUACAGUAUCAGCAAGCAAGCCAGCUGUGAAGCCACCAACUGCACCACAAAAAUCAAUGCUGGAGGAUGAUCUGAAGAUCAGCAGUGAUGAGGAAGAAGCUGAGCAACAGGUAUCCGACAAGCCAAAAGCCAGAGCGUCAGCCCCGAGUGGCGCAUCGGGGAGCAGCAGUGAGUCGGAGAGCAGCUCCGAGUCGGACACAGACGAAUCUGAGAGCAGCUCCAGUGACAGCGAGUAUAACCAGGCCACCCGAACCAACUCCCCUGAGCCUGAGCCAUCCUCAACGAACAAGUGGCAGCUGGACAGCUGGUUAAACAAGGUCCAAGCUCAAACUAAACCCCUGGUGGCUCCCCAGAAAGAUCAUCAUGGAGCAGGUUCUGUCACCCGAAGUCAGGAAACAUUCCCACAGCGCAGCGAGGCAGCAGGAGUUGGUGCCGCAGCCAAGACUAAACCCCUCGGGUCCAGUGGCGCUGCUCUUCCCGCAGUGCCAGCAGUGGAGCACAAAGAUGCCAGGGGAACAUUCUGCCCUGGCAGAGAGAAGACGAAGGCCAAACUCAGCCAGAAGGCAUCGGGGGAAGGACAGAGGUCAAAGAUUAGGCUGUCACCAGGACUGAUGUCUGGACAAGAGGUCAGCACACCGAGGAGGACCACUACAGGAAAGAAACAGCCCAGACGGACAGAAAGGUCGAACAGUGUGGAGGAUAAUCAGAGUCAGACAUGGAACAGAUCAAACCAACAAAGCCCUGCAGUGAGGGAAAAAGAGAUUUACCCUGCUUCCUCCCUGGAGCAUCAGAACACUUCCAGGGUGCGAACCAAGACCCCCAAUGGGAAAACCGCUCCCAGGAAAGAACCUCGCAGUUCUGCCAUCUCUAACAACAUAGUUGUACAACCUGUAGCACUACAGCAAACCACUGUGCCAGUACCUACUGUCAGUUUAAAUCAGGACAAGAGAAAGCACAGAGGCCCAAGUAGCAAAAUCACACCCAAGUCCAGAGAGUUUGUUGAAACAGAUUCUUCAUCCUCCUCUUCGGAAUGCCAGUCGGAUUCAGAGCAAGCCAUGAAAAUCCCUGCUUUGCCGCUUCAGUCAACACGUACCGCAAUUAACACGCAGUCUCAGUCCAACUCGUACACACCGCCUCUUCCCUGUUUUGGCUCGGCCAGCAGUGUGGGAAAUCAGGGAGUCUUCGGGGGGAAGGGACUAUGUGUCCGAGAUGGUAGCAAUGUGACUACCAAUAUCAAUAGUAGCACUAGUAGCAUCAGCAGUAGUGGUAUUGGAAGUAAUAGUAGCUGUAACACGCUAAGCAUUAUCAACAUAAGUGGUUCUUUUGGUACUUCUGUUCCUGACCCAGGAGGGUUAGGUGAACCAUGCAAGAACCUAGAGUCUAUGUCACCACACUUCAGCAUGGGACAAGAUUUGCCUCUUUCCCCUCUAACAGAAUACCUUGAGAUUCAGAGUCUAUGGGUGAAAAUUGACCUGAGCUUGAUCAACAGGGUGCCAGGACAGGGUUUUGGUCAAAUAUCUAGGGUGGGUGUAAUAGAACGCGAAAGGGUCAUGGUAUCAGACAGAGAGAGACAAAAACAGGCUGACAGAGAGUGGCAAGGGCUCAGGGAAAGAACAAAGUUACCUAAAGGGGAACAGCAGAAUGAAGAAAAUGAAUCAUUAGUGCAGGAUACAGAGAGGCUAUGUAAUGGCAACAGAUCAACAGAGAGGGAUAGGCAGAUGGACAGAGAGGACAGAGAAAGGUUCAAUUUAGGAGAAAGAGACAAGGUGGCAGAGAGAAGAGAGAAGGCAUGUCAGGGGCUCAGGGUCCCAGACAAUCCCCCUGUGCAGGAGAAGAGUAUUCCAAGGCUGCCCGGCAGGACGGAGAGAGGAGAGAGUGAAGGAAAACACAGGAGGCAAGCGAGUGGCAGCAUGGUAGCACCGACAGAAAGGCACACCAGCAAGAGCAAGAGAAAACACAAGUUGGACCACAUGGAGCCCUCCUGCAACAGCAAUAAAAAGCUACAAUUGGACAAAGACUGUUUGCUCCUUCCACCUUGUAUUUCUCCGAUACACAACCACAAGAACAAUUCAAUGGAAUCUCUAAACCGGAAACAGUCCCGGCGGCAAGAUGAGAAGCUCCUUCCUCCACUACUGUCCCCCCUUUCUGAGGAGCCCCCGCAUAAACGUACCUGUGAGAGCAGUUCAUCUCUCGGCCAGGAUGGCGCCUCAACUUCAGUGGUGCCUUGCUCCAUCUCCUCCUCCACACACAGACACAAAAGAGCAGAAAGCAGAGCAUUAUCACAUGCCAGAAAUGUUGCUACAAGUCUAACGGAUCAUCACAACAAGAAGCCUUGUGGAGACAGUUUCCAUGCCAACGGACAGUCCGACUCAGACGCUUGGUCAGAACCACUGACAGAACCAGCAGAACCUCCAAGACCAAGACUGUCGUUUAGCGAAACGGUUCACAGUGCAGACUACUAUAUGCAGGAGGCCAAAAGGCUAAAGCACAAGGCUGAUGCUUUGAUGGACAAAUUUGGUAAAGCAGUGAACUACGCAGACGGUGCCCUCUCAUUCAUUGAGUGUGGAAAUGCUAUGGAGCGUGAUCCUCUUGAGGCCAAAUCUCCAUACACAAUGUACUCGGAAACUGUCGAGCUAAUCAGGUAUGCCAUGAGGUUGAAGAACUUCACCAGCCACUCAGCCACCAUAGCCGAGAAGAAACUUGCUGUGUUAUGUAACCGCUGUCUGUCUCUGCUGUAUCUGAGGAUGUUCCAUUUGAAGAAAGACCAUGCUGUCAAAUACUCACGUUCGCUGAUGGAGUAUUUCAAGAAUUCUGCCAAGAGCUCCCACCAUGCGCCCUCUCCCUGGAGGACAAAUGGAAAGAUCAACGGGACCCCGUCUCCACUCUCUCUCAGUCUGUCGCCAGCCAGCGGCGGCGUUGGAGGCGGAACCUCAGGAGUUGCGCCAAAUUCAUCAGGCACCGUAGCUAUUCCACAACGAAUCCACCACAUGGCGGCUAGUCACGUCAACAUCACUAACAACAUCCUACGCAGCUAUGAACACUGGGAAACAGCUGACAGAUUGGCCUCUGGUAGUCAAGAGUUCUACCGCGAGUUGGACUCUGUUAUGGAGCCGUUGAGCCAGCAGAGCGGCAUGACUGAACUGGUCCGUUACAUCAGACAGGGUCUGCACUGGCUCCGCAUUGAGGCUCACCUGCUGUAG